CCAUUUUUCCAUCAACCGGUUGACUUGAAAAAAAUUAAAAGUAAGACAUGCUCAUGUAUAUAAAACUCAACAGUAUAAAAAAAAAUGAAGAAUGAAAAGCAGGAACUUUUCCCACUCCUAGUCCAACUCCCAAAGGUAAUCACUAUUAACAUUUUCUUCGGAUUCUGCUUAUAAAUGAUUUUACUUUUAUAUAUCCUCACCUAUCUAUCUACUUAAUUCUACAAAAUCUGAACCAAAGGAGUUAUCCUAUACACAUUAUCCUGUACUUUACUUUUUUCCCCACUUAGGACUAUUUUGGAGCUCACUACAGAUCAUCAUUCUUUUUGAUAAUAACUAUUAAAUAAGUUAAUAUUUGUAACACACUUGGAACCGUGCAUGGUGUGUAGCAAGCACUGUAUAUUUGUUAAAUAAAUGAAUGAAAAUUGCUGCCUGGUGUUCCAUUAUAUGGAUAUACUCUACUAUUUACGGAUACUCCUGUUGUGUUGGUUGCUAUAGCAGACAGAGAAGAAACAAACACCCUAGUAUGUAUGCAUAUCUUGGAGACUGUACCUUGGGUAUGGUAAUCAGUAAAAUUACUUAAUGAGGCCACAGUGGGCAUGGAGCCAAAAGCAUUAAAAAGGAAAAGCUAUUGAUUUAGGUAAAAGCAGGAAAUAGGACUGGAAUUGGGGAUUUUGCCUGGGACCUUGAAUCACAGAAUUAUAAAUCUUUGAUCUAGAAGGAACUGUAGGAGAUUGUUUAUUCCGGCCUUGUGACUUCUGGGCAGGGAACACGUUGCACCUGUGGUUCCCGGGUUGUGCGCUGAGCCCUGGGGAGCCGCAGUGAACUCAUUGGAAAAGUGUGUGUCUGGGAGCUGUGGGAUCUUUAAAAUUUUUGACAGGAAUAUUGAUAUUUGACAACUCUCAGACGUUGUGCAAACUACUAGUUCAAGAUAAUUUACAGUCUAACAUUAAUCAUCCUACAUUCCUUUUGGUGAUGCUAUAUUUUGUGAUGCUGAGUUUUUAGCAGUUGCCAUGAUACUGCAAGCACAGCACACAAAUGAAUGUGGAAUAGGAAGUGAGCACGGCAUCGUCCCAUCUGACUCCAAAGUUUGAAAAGUUGUGCAAUGCCUCACAGUUGCACACAUGCCAGUGAAGCAGCAUGGAUGCCAUCAGCCAGGUCCCCAUGGAAGUCGUGCUCCCCAAGCACAUCCUGGACAUCUGGGUCAUUGUCCUCAUCAUCCUGGCCACCAUUGUCAUCAUGACCUCCUUGUUGCUGUGCCCGGCCACUGCGGUCAUCAUCUAUCGCAUGCGGACUCAUCCUGUCCUCAAUGGGGCCGUCUGAGAACCUCCCAAGAGGGGCAGGUGACGGAUGAGGACAGCGUCCCUGCCCCCAGCUUCUUUCCCUUUCUCAGAAGAGCCGCAGGAGGGACUUUGGAGCAUGGACACUGGAGCUCGAUAUGUGAGGAGACCUGAGUUCUGGUUUUGAUUCUGCCACUGGCCAGUGGUGUGAGUUUGGUCAAGGGACCUAAUUCUAUGAGUUCCAGGCUCCUUAUUUUCCAAAUGGGGAUCAUGAUUCCUGCCCGUCCUACCUCAUGGGGUUGUGAGAACCAAUGACCUAGUGGAGGUUAAAGCUGUUGGUGAGUAGAUACACAGGUGUUACUGCUGAAUGCUGAGAAGCUUUGAAGAACCAAAGACCCUAGCUGCUGAUGAGGGUCUUCAAGGUGGUGAGGGAGACACUGGGGCAGAGCAGUCUUCCCCAGUGCCCCUAAGAUGAAGGCAAGCAAAGGCACCCCGUCAUCAUUCCAAGGGACCAACAGCAUGUGGCUCAACAUUCUUUCCUUUGAGGUGCCACUCCCUUGAGUGUCUAAUUUGGGAGGGAAUUGAGCAUGGCAGGGGGAGGGAGAUGGGUGGAUCUUCCCAGGACACCGGAAUCUGCAGUUUGGAGGGGCUCUGACAUUUCUUGGCAACGCCAAGGGAGCUGGGGUGAUGGGCUCCAUUCUGCAUUAGCGUCCUAUAGCUUUGACGCUCAAGCAGUGUUGGCAGAUGCAGGGUGGCUGAGUUCCCUGGCCAGCUUUCAGGAUACCCAGCGCCCGCCCUGUCCCCUGUGUGCCCCUCCGCCCCAGCCCCUGCUGUAAUUAGGUCCACCGCAUAAUGUGUACUCCCUUCAUCCCCUCCCACCAGCACUGCAACCAUUCCAAGGUACGAGAUGUUCCCAGCACCUUUGGAUCUAACUGAAACAAUGAUGUUUAUUUUAAACGCUACAAUUUAUAUUUAUAUGUAUAGAGAGAUUUCUGGACCACUCAAGCUCUUUGACCGAAAUAAGGAGCAUCUGGGGAUUUGUUAAAUUAUGUAAGAAGAUAGCACAGAUUAUCAGGAUAUUAUUGUGUGAAAAUGAUGCUUUUAGGUUGAUCUGAUUUCAUUGAUGUACCUAACUAAUUUCCAAUAAAGUGCUAGAAUGAG